AUGUUCACCGCCUUCUCGGCAUCCCCAACGCCAAGCGAAAGGCCGUCAAUUGCAGCAGGCACAGCAGCAGCAGCAAGAACAGCAGCAGCAGCAAAGACAGCGGCGGAGACAGAAGAAGCAGCGCCAGCAGCAGCAGCAGCAACAGCAGCAACAUCAGCAAAAGCAACAACAAAAACAGCAACAGGCGCAACAAAGUCUGCUGCAGCAACAACCGGUGUUGCGGAAGCAGCAGCGACAGCAGCAGCAGGAACAGCAACAACAGCAGCAGCUGCAAAGACAGCAGCGCCCACAGCAACUCCAGCAGCAACAACAACAGCUGCAGCAGCGGCAACAACAACAACAUCUGCUGCAGCAGUACCGUCCGUUGCGCCCACAGCAGCACCUGCAGCAGCAGCAGCAACACCUGCAGCAGCAACACCUGCAGCAGCAACACCUGCAGCGGCAGCACCUGCAGCAGCAGCAGCAGCAGCAGCAGCAGCAGCACGAAAGGUGAGAUGCUGCUUCAAAGUCGACCCGCUGAACUUCUCUCCUUUCUUUUUUAAGUGGGAGGAAAUUCCUUCUAUUGAGAGCAGCUGCUUCGCCCCGUACAUACACCCCAAACCCGCUGCUGCUGCAGCUGCUGCAGCAGCAACUGAAGCAGCAACUGCAGCAGCAGAAGAAGAAGCUGCAGCUGCUGCAGAGCCAUUAGCUGCAACAAAUGAAGAGUGCAGCUCUCCCUGGGAUGCAGCUCUUGAGUUCUGCUGCAGUCGAGCAGCAGCAGCAGUAGCAGCAGCGGCAACAACAACAACAUCGCCAGCGCCAGCUGCUGCUGCUGCUGGAAGCCCCGAGGCGGCUGCUGCUGCUGCUGCAACAGCUGCCUCACCAGCUGAAGCAGCAGCAGCAGCAGCAACGGCAGCAACACCAGCAGGUGCUGCUGUUACUUCAAGGCGCUGCAGUUCUUCAUCUGCUGCGCCUUCUGCUGCUUCCACUUCACCUGCUGCUGCAACUGCAGAAGCAGCACCUGCAGCCGCAGCACCAGCACCAGCACCAGCACCAGCAGCAGCAGCAGCAGCAGCAACAGCAGCAGUAGCACCUGCUGCUGCUGGCGUUGCUGCAUCUGCUGCAAUAGAUGGAGAUUGGACGUCUUCAUUUUUAGCCCUUUGCUUGCUGCAGAGUAUUUGCAGACAUAAACCUAAACUCCUUCUAAGUCAUAUCCCUGCUGCUGUUGCACCUGCUGCUGCUGCUACAUCUGCUGCUGCUGCUGCUGCUGCUGCGGGACCUGCGGUCGUUCAAGAGGAGGAGGAAGCCGCAGCAGAAGAGCAGCAACGGCAGCAGCAACAGCAGCAUCAACAGCAGCAUCAACAGCCACAGGAAGUUUCCGAUUCGCCCGACAGGGAAGCAGCAGCAGCAGCGUCUGCAUGCUGCUGCAGCAAUGUGCUGCAGCAGCAUCUCUUGCAGUUCGUGCGGCUGCAGCUGCAUUCGCUUCGCAGCAGCAGCAGCAGAGCAGCAGCAAGGGCAGUAGCAGCUCUCUGCCGUGGCCUCUUGUCUCUCUACCAGCAGCAACAGCAGCAACAGCAACCGCAGCAACAGCAGCAGCAGCAGCAGCAGGUUGAGGAGCUCUUUGUGCUGCUGCUGCAGCACUUCGUUCCUCCUCUGCUGCUGCGCGCUGCUGCGGAAAAAAAGUUUUUGGCUGCUGAGGCGGAGGAGGCUCUGCAACAAAUCGCAGCAAUCACGGUCGCCGCUCCGCCGCUGCUACCUGUGCUGCUGCAGCUGCUGCAGCGGCAGCUGCAGAGCCCUAGGACGGCAGCCCCCGCAGCAAAGCUGCUGCUGCUGCUACUGCAGCUGUCACUGAGGCAAGGGGAGCAGCAGCAAACUGACCAGCAGCAGCAGCAGCAGCAGCAGCAACAGCAGCAGCAACAGCAACAAGAAGGGGAAGCGCACACAAAGAACGAAGGACGACUCAAUCCUUCUGCUGCUUCUCCUGCUGCAGCUGCCUCCAACUCCUGCCCUAUGCAGCAGCAGCAACAACAGCAGCAGCAGCAGCAGCAAGAGUUUUUGCUGCACCAAGUCGUGACUCCUUGUUUGCUGCUGCUGGCUCCUCUUGCGCGGGCCCCACAGCUCAGCAUCCGAGAGGCUGUUCGCGCUGCUGCAGCAGCAGUCUGCAGCUAUAACUGGAAGGAGAGCAGCAACACAAAUAAAAGCAGCAGCAGCAGCAGCAGCAACAGCAACAGCAGCAACAGCAACAGCAGCAACAACAACAGCAGCAACAGCUGCAACAGCAAUAGCAAAUGCGACAGCAGCAGCACCAGGAGGAGCAGCGACUCCGUCAGCAACAGCAAAAGCAGCAGCAGCAGUAGCAGCAACAGCAACAACAGCAGCAGCAACUGCAAUGCCAACAGCAGCCUGCACUGUACAGGCAAUGAGAGGAGCAGCACGGAUAAAAGCACCAGCAGCAACGCUGCUGCUGCUGCAGUAUCUGAUGAUGUAGGUGAGGCUGCGGCGAAGCAAACCCCGUUGCCGUUUGCUGCUGUGGCUGCUGCUUCUGCUCCUGCAGCUCCAGCUGCUGCUACUGCUGCUGCUGCAGUAGCAGCUCCUGCUGCAUCUGUCCAUACACCCGAAGAAGAACCUCGCCUUGCACUGCUGCUGUCGCUGUUCAAGCCAGAAGCUGCAGCAGCAGGAGCAAAAACAACAACGGCAGCAGCAGCAGCAGCAGCAGCGCCAAUCGCAGGAGCCUCAACAGCUAUCGGCACAGUGACCGCAGCAGCAGCACUAGCAACAGGUCCUGCUGCUGCUGCUGCUGCUCAGCAGCUUCUACGCGAGACGUGGAAGCUGAGUCAAAUGCGCUCAAAAAAACCUACGCGCCCUCGCGCUGCUGCUGCUGCUGCUGCUGCUGCUGCAAGGGGCGAGGGACUCGCAGUGCAGCAGAAGCUGCAGCACAGCAGCAUCAAGCGGCUACCAGAGGAGCAUUCGGAGCAGCAGCAAAAGCAGCAGCAGCAGAGCCUGCAGAGGAAGACGCAGCAGCAAAAUCAGCUGGAGCAGCGGCAGAAACAGCAGCAGCAGCAGCAACAGCAGCAGCAGCAGCAGCAGCGGCAGCAGCGAGUUGACGCAGGCGACUCCCGCAGCAGCAAACGACAGGAUGCCUCGAUUGAAGCUGUAGCAGCUCUGACAGCAGCAGCAACAGCAGCAACAAACGCAGAAGACGCAGCAGCAAACGGACGGAUAGCCGCAGAAGGGUCUCCACCACCUCCGCAGCAGCAGCAGCUGCCAGAGCCUCAGCAGCAGCAACAGCAGCAGCAGCAGCAGCAGCAGAAGAGGCCUUGCAGCCCCCUUCCCGGAAGCUGUCUUCGUUCAAACAAACGAAUUAAACCCAAACCACUCGCUGCGCCGUUGCAGGCAGCAAGCCCAUGA